CUACAGAAAUCAAUUGAAAGCAUUUAAAAUGAUAAAAGAAUUAACAAGUGACCCGAUGAGGGGCUCACGCACUAUUGAACAAAUAAUGGAAAGAAAAAUGUUUUUACUUCACAUGAAAAGAUUAGUACAUAAACCUCUAGUAGGUUUCACUAUUGCACAUUUGGAAGGUCUUCAAUUAGCUUUUCGUUUUGCAACAUCAAGAUAUUCUUCUGUAAGACAAACGGCUCAAAAAUUGCUGGAUGAUUCAUUUAAUUCUUGGCCUUAUUCCUACAAAUUUUUUGUCGAUAAUUUGGUCAAAUUACUUGAGGAUAAAACAAAAACGACGGCACAGUUUAAAGGUGUUUUACACAUACUUUCAAAGGCAAAAGAAACUUCAAUGAUUACAACAGAAGAUGAAGAAACAACGUUAAGUAUUUGGCCAGUUUUGUCUUUAGCUGAAUCGCCAGAUCCAAAUAAACAAUCAAUUGUAGCUCUUUUCGAUUUUGUCCAAGAUUUGAUUAUCAAUAAUCAUACUUCUUUCCAAAUUGAGUUUAAGUUUCCUAACACUGUUUUUCAAUUUGCUGAUGCUUUACUCGAAGAUUACGAAGGAAGUGUACAUAUAGCUUUACCGUUGGUUUCUAGAGAAGAAAUUGAUGGAUCGUUAGAAAGGGAAACAAAAAUAAAUGCAGAACAUACAAGUACUUAUCUUUCAAUUGCGAAAAAUCUGUUCAACAUAUGUUGCGACAAAAAUUUACAUUUCCGACAACUUUUUUUUGCUCAUAGUCUUUUGAGACUUUUAUUACGUCAAGAUAUUAUGUUACCAAAUAAAAUUGUGCUUCAUUUCUUUGAAUUAUUAAUAUCUGAUUUAACAAGAACUAGAAAAUUAGCAAUUAGUUUUUGUGUUCAUUGGUUUAAAAUCAACAAGCACAAGUCAAAUAAAAUCGUUAAAAAUAUUGAAUUGGAUGAAGAGGGAAAUAAUGGAGUUGACGCUAAAUGGCCGAUUAAAUUCGGAAUUAGAAGGGACAAUAGUUUUCUUCUUUAUAAUGCUGAUGAAUUACCUAGUGUUCAAAAUGAAUGGGAUGAGUGUGAAUUUCACCACGUGAGGAUUUUUUAA